AGAAGAAGAACUACAAAGCGGUGCAGUCAUCAGAGGAAGGGGGCUCAGGGGGGGGCUAUCUGGAGCCACUAGUGGCCCUGGCCCAGAACGGCACCAACAUGCACAACGUGCUGGGGCCCGCGUGCAUCUUUCUACGCAAGGGCCUCGCCGAGAACCGGCAGGACAGAGAGCUGCGGCCAGAAGAAAUGGAUGAACUGCGCGAGGCGUUCAGGGAGUUCGACAAGGACAAAGACGGCUUCAUCGGCUGCAAAGACUUGGGCAACUGCAUGAGGACGAUGGGCUACAUGCCCACAGAGAUGGAGCUGAUUGAACUUAGCCAGCAGAUCAACAUGAAUUUGGGCGGACAUGUCGACUUUGAGGACUUUGUUGAGCUAAUGGGGCCCAAACUUCUGGCUGAGACCGCAGACAUGAUCGGCGUGAAGGAGCUGCGGGAUGCGUUCAAAGAGUUUGACACCAAUGGCGACGGUCAGAUCAGUACUGCAGAACUCAGAGAAGCGAUGAAAAAGCUUUUAGGACAACAGGUAGGCCACAGAGAUCUGGAGGACAUUUUACGAGACAUAGACCUCAACGGAGAUGGACAUGUGGAUUUUGAAGAAUUCGUGCGGAUGAUGUCUCGAUGACUUGAGAGUGCACCGCUGACCUUUACGGAGAAAAAAAAAAAAAUCACGUCAAGCCCGGCCCUGAAACUGCACCGCUGGAGUAUGACGGCCGACAAGCACAUCAAGUCAACACGGUUGGAGUUUUUUCUCCUGCUGUUUCUUUCAACAUAAACCGAUUUGUUUAAGACUAUAAACUUUAUUGUUUUUUACAAAAAGGAUAAGCACAUUUUCUUCUGGUGCUAAUGUGCUUGUCAAAUUGAAUAAAUCUAUCUGACAAUUCCGUGUAGCGAUUUAGAUGAUGUCAUCCACCGAGAGCCUACGAGAGCGUAUGAACUCACUCAGCUGCUGAUAAAAAAAAACAUGGAGGCUAUCUCAGGUUAUACGUGCACAGUGCACACCAUCAGCAGAAGCGAGGUUUAGGGAUGAAGGCGAAAACACAAUAUGGCAAUAUCUCGGUGUGGUCUUGUCAAAGAAGUGUCAUUGUGUUUUUUUGUACAUAAUCUUUUUUCCUUUCCAGAUUGUAGAUAUGUUCCCAUUAUGCUGUCUUUGAACAUACCUCGCGGUAAGUUAUUUUUUUUUUGUGAUGUAACUUCAUGUUCUGGAUUCAAUUAUGUCAUUUUAUUGUGAAUUCUGUGUCUUUUUCUGCGUGCAUUAAGAUUUCCUGACGCAAGUUGGACAGUGCAUAAAAAUUCUAGUACAUACAUACCUUUGUUCAAAUGUCAGUUUUUGUCAUAUGAAGGAAAAAAAAAAAGCCAAACUGUUUCAAAACUUUUUGGGAAAAUUUUCAUAUCUUGGCAAUUGAACAGGGGUGUGUAGACUUUUUAUAUCCACUGCUUCUAUUGUACGUACAGCUGACCUGAGAGGCAAUUUAAACAUUCCAAACUAAUUCUGAAUAUCAUUGUGCAUGAGUAUCCAGAUUAUUUUUGUAUUUAAUUUUACCAAUUCCCAAAGGCACAUACUGGUGGCAAUGUGAGAUUUUUUUUUUUUAAUUAUUAGAUUUUAUAACUAUACCGUAUUGUUGGUUGUGUUUUCUUUGUAAAUUAAGAAGCAAUUUGUGUCCAUGUGUGUAAUUUGGAUGAGUAAGAUUCUCAAUAAUCUGUCAUUUAAAUUAUUUUCUACAUAUCAACAAAGAAGCAGCAUUUGUUUCUUUAUGCACAAAAGCCAAAGAAAGUUGACAAAACUACUAUUUGACUUAAGUACAAGGUAUGCAGGAUGUUUAAUUUAUAUCGAUAAAAGAAGGGACUGUUAAUAAAAGUGCAUGCCAACUGGAGGUAUGAAAUCAAAAAGGGAAUUCUCAUACUUGUUUUUUGCUGUGUGAAAACUAUGCAUGCCAAAAGCAAUUUGUAGCAGAUUUU